AUGAGAAAAUCGGAUAACUCUUACUUAACUUUUCAGAAUGAUAUUGAUUAGCCCUCGGUAUACCUUUCCAGCUAUAGUUUUGAGAUGUAUUUGAAAUUAGUGGCAUACAUUAUCCCAGGCUAGAAAAAAAAUCAAAUCAACUACCAAGCAACCCUACUUGAUUGUUCACCUCACUCUUAGAUAAACAUUUCACAUACUAAAAUCACAUUUAUGUAGUAUGGAGGAGACUACGCAGAGUAUACUUUCAAUUAGACAAACAAUGAGUUUCAAGCCAAAUUUCUUUCAGGCUAAUGGGUGCAUCUAUCUUUCUCAUACAAUAACUACUCUACUUCAAUAAACCUGAUGAUGAUGAUGCGUAUACAUUUAAAUGGGGAGCUAAUUGCCAGCAGAAGAGUGAGCACUCCAAGUAAAACUCCAGACUCUAAGAUUGGAAAUGGGCUGUGCUAUUUUGGGAAUAAUAUAUAAAAUGCGCGAACUAAUUUAAGUGCUUACGACUCUACUUUGAAUGCAGAUGUUUCCUAUCUAUUGAUAAACGAUCAAGCCAGAUAGCUUAACAAUUUCUCUAGUGAAGUAUUUAUGAAAUAUCCUAGUGCUAAUACGAUAUAAUCCAGAUCAUUAAUGUAUUUCAAACUGGAUGAACCUGAGUUUUACUUGGUAGACUAUCAUUUGAACAGAACAAUAGGUGGCGUUACAUCAAAUAAUUUGACCUUUGAGACUGUAUAAAAUAGAACUAAUAUCUGCUAAUGCUAAGGAAUGCCUCUAAAUGUACUAUCAAUAAAAAGAGGAAGAGAGAAUUAAAACUCACAAAGUAUUAUCUUAAAGAAUAAUGACAGUGUGACAACUGGCUUCACCUUAGAUUUCUGGAUCCUGAUUUAUGAUGAUUUAGAAUAUCCUACCACCUCUCAAAAACCACAAAGGAUGAUAAUUAAUUCUGACAAGUUUGUCAAGAUUGGCACAAUUAAAAGAGACCCUACGAUCUCAAUUGGCGAUACCUCGUAAUAUACCUAAAUAUCUAAUACUUCACUGUAUUACAGAGGUUGGAUUAAUCUAGCUUUUUAGCUUAAGUCAGAUAGAAAGGUAUAUGUGUAUAAAAAUGGUUAAAGAACUAAUAUAAUUGGAUAAUAAGGUACAAUAAAGCAAAACAACACAUAGUUCUAAAUAUUGCAUGAAAUUACUAUGAAACUCUAUAGGGUAAGGUUGCUUAAUUAAAAUAGCACAGCUCUUACUGACACUUUUUUUUACUAUUCAUAUUUAAGUGGAUCUACUAAUAAUUACAAUGCUUUUACAAAUUUGAACCCUCAGAAUAUUAUAUUUGAUUUUGUAAUGGCAGAUAUUUACUUUGAAACCUUUUAAUACAGAGAUUUUUCUUACGUAGACGGUAGUAUUUCCUAUUCUAAUGCUAGAGGGAAUAAAUACAGCUGGACAUUUAAUACUGCAGAUUUUAAAUAAGAUUUGUAUACUUGUGGUGAGGAGCCAACUUAUAUAAAUGGAAUAUGCUAGGAUAAUAGAUGGUUUCCCUAUUUUGUCAAAAGCAAUUAGGCAAAUGAGAUUUUUUAGAAUAAUAUUUGGUGUAUUGCUAGAAAUCUUACCUAUGAAAUGUGGUUUAAGGUCAACCUACCAGCAAAUAACUAGAAUGUUAUGUAUCUUAUGCAAGUAAUUGAUUCUUAUUCUAAGAUUGAGAAGUUUGCACUGGAUUUCAGUUUUGAAAACAAGACUAAUGUAAAUUAUUAUGAUAUGAGGAUUGGAACUCCAGAAAUUAAAAAUGGAACAGUUAAUAUUAGCCAGACUAUGAAAAUAUCUUAAUGGUACCAUUUGACAUGGAAAUAGAAUACUGAUUUAAAAUAAUCCCAAACUACUAUAACCUACUAUUCAAAGUAUAAUGAAAAUGAGCUAACCUCGAUAACAUAUUUGUCCCAGGGAUAUUUUGAUUUACUUACAGAUAAAAGUCUUGCACAAAUGGUCUUAGGUAAUAACAUUCAAGGAAACGCCGGGUUUCUUGGUGCAUUCAGAGAAUUCAGAAUAUGGUAUGAAUAUAGAAAUGAUCAGGAUAUCUCCUACUUUAGAAAUAUUGAGAUUCCAGUCCUAGAUAAUAGCAUCAGUUAAAACCUUGCUUACUACUAUAGAUUAGUAGGUGAAUCUAAUUACCUUCAAUUGACUCAAUUAUCCAAUUACUACUCAGCGAGCUCAGAUAUUACGCUUCUCAAUACAAGAUCAACUUAGUCUCAAAUCAGAUUUGAUUAAGAUUACUAUCUUCACAUCUGUCCAUAUGGAUCGUAUUUAAAUGACAAUACAACUUCUUGCAUUAAUCCCUCUCAGAUAAAUGUAUAAUUCACAGCUUAUCAGAAUUAUUAGUACGAUAAAUAGGUGAUCUUUGACUCUCUGGCUAAAUUUGAGAACAAUGACAGGUGA